GUAAUACGGCGAUGAUAACAAGAUUCAAAUCAAUUGCGGCUCAGCGCGGGUUAAUACACUGAUUGGAUCUUGAUACGCUUAUCUAUAAAUGGGUAUCUUCUUCUCGUGAAUAACAGUAUUGCAACCUAAGCUCAUCCACCCUCUGACACUAUUACUGGUUUCAUCAAACGUUCAAUACCACCAAGGCACUCUUUUUCAUCAAUUUCAAUACUCUUUCAGAGCUCUAGAAUAUAUCUCACCGUUAGCCGAGACCUAUCAUCUCAAGUGAAAUAACUUGCGAUAUGCCUUCCAAUAUUCAUCGCGGUCGGGAAUCGUGUCCCACAAAGGAAUUUGAUACAAUGACUCGGAGCGAAGCCGUCAAUGCCAUACAAACACGAACAAAGUCCUUAGAGCACCUGAUGAUACACAAGAACCCCCUCAGUUGGGCAGAAAGCCGAAGAGUCGGUAUUGAAGACGAGAAUGAUGAGCCAAAAAACUUCAAAUCCCACUCUCAAAAGCGUCCAAAAUCUGGAAAUACUAGACUCGAGUUGGAAAUAGUAGUCCUCAAGCAUCGUCAAAUCAUUUCCGCAGUCAAUAAAGAAUUGAACAAUCUUUUCCGUUAUACUUUAGACGCAAGAUUGAAGAUCCUGAAUGAAAAUCGUCAGGAAUUUCAGGUGGAUAUCAAAACAAUUGAGGAAUAUUUGUUUCUCUUAAGAAAACUACAACCUGAGAAUGACAAAAACUGGGCACAAAAGAUUAGCAUCGCCUCUGAGCUUAUGACUGAAUCUACCGCCAUGCGCAGCAACAUCGAGGCUCGCAUCCAAGAGGUGGAAAAUUUUAUUUCCGAGGCGACAAGUGAUAAUCUAAGCUUAGAGAGUAGGAGGGAAAUUAUGCUUGAUCUAGGAAUACGCCAUGGGACUUACGGGAGCACACUUAGUCUCCGAGACCAUAACAAAUUCCCCCAGAACAGAUACUGUAAGCUGCUUGAUAUUGAAUCAUUGAAGGGGAAAGCCCAUGGGUCUAAGGUGACUUCCAGACACUCGCAACUGAAAAAUGUAUAAAGCUGCAGCAGCUCUCAGAAGGUGCUGACUUCGAGUGACUUGGUGGCCAUGAAGGAAUUCUCGAUGAUCAUUUGUUCCUUAUAUUCACGAAGUUUUUCACAUUGAUUGCAAAUAUGAUGGCAUUUCAAACCAUAACUAUUGCACUGUAGCCACA